AUGUUAAGAUAUUAUGAAACCAAGUCAAUUUCGCAAAAGUACCAGAAGUAUCGGCCGCAUUAUCCAGUUCAAUUAGCCAAAGACGCACUGGGAAGUUUAAGGGAAAAGAAAAUAGAUUUUCUGCUUGAUGUCGGUUGUGGUGGUGGACAAUCCGUGAAUAUAUUUGCUCCCUACUUUCAUGAAGUGCUAGCCAUCGAUCCUAGCGAGAAUCAACUUAAAGAAGCGAGAUCUCAAAACAAGUUUGCUCACGUGACUUACAAGCAAGGCAUUGCAGAGAAAUUACCAUGUGAUAACGUCAGUGUUGAUGUCAUUACUUCCGGUACCUCUGCACACUGGUUUGAUCGACCGAAGUUUUACGAAGAAGCGGAUCGUGUUUUGAAACCCGGCGGCCGGUUGGUUAUAUUCGGAUACUGGUCCCCCAAAAUAGUCCCCUUGUGUGUGUCGGAUGGCGAUGUUACAAGAUUGUCGGGAGUUGGGACUCAACUUUUGAAAAAUACUUUUAACAAGUUAACUGAGUGGAAUUCAGUUUUCCAUGAGCGACACUCGCAUGUCCGCGAUAAAUAUAAUCAAAUAUUUGGUGAAAUACCCCUAUUAAAUAAAAGACGUUUUGACAACUUGUCAACAGAUUACACGUGGUCGCUUGUUGACGCAAAAGGAAUGAUUCAAUCAGUUGACUCUUAUGAAACUUAUAUGAAAAGCAAAGAAUUGGAGUUGAAGGAACUCUCGGAAGUAAAACGCAGUGCAAGAUUAUCUGAACUUGAUCCCAGUGAACAGUUCGCGAGAUCGCUUAAAGAAAGUUGGGGGUACACUGAAAUGGAAAACUCGAAUGUCAAAAUGAAAGCUGUCUUUGAGUUGUUUGUUAUUGUUGCUGAAAAACUGAAUUAA